AUGACCGAGUUCAGGCCUUCCAUGGACGAGUACAGGCAAACGAUCAAGGCCCGCGAGGAGCACAUCCGCGAGUCUUGGGUCAGGGCCAUGGAGGCCCGUAUCGUCCGCACCGAGCUCCAGAAGUGCUACCGCGGUGAGGGCGUCAACCACCUCGAGAACUGCCGCGAGCUCGCCGAGAAGUACACCGCCAUGAUCCGCGACAACAAGAUCAAGGGCUACAAGAUCAUCGACGAGGAGUAG